GGGCUACGUUGUUUAGCAUUCUAGUCCCCGUGCCAGGGAAACCCAUGUGUACUGUAAUGUGACAAGUCGUAACCUAAAUACACUCGAGUAGUGUAGAAUAACACUCACACACUCCCACACAUCUGUUGCAACGAAGUACAAAAUUCCGGAUAUUUUGGAUAUAAAUACUAUGGAUGCUGAGUCGUAGCAGGAUUUACUUAUCUAAAAGGAACGUGCGCAGGUUUCACCAAAAGUUUGUCAAAUUGGAGUCGAAAUGGCAGCAGCAAGUCUGAGUACGAUACCUACGGGACCAUUGGGUUUACAUCACUAUUACAAGGAGACUCAAGGAACGGACAAUCUUUCCAGGAACUUCCAAUCCAGUGAGCUCUUCACACCGUAUCUUGUUCCACAGAGGCCCACUGUUUCUUCCAACAGAUACAAACAUUACCGCGAUGCCUUGGAGAAAACGCCCAAGAUACCAUGGGGCACCGCGCGGGAGUACGCCGGUGAGGGACAAGUCAACCUCCCCGACGAUCAUCGGCCCAAGAGCGAACCCCCGCCCGCUGUGGAGAAGGGACAUCGGCACUUCGGCACAGGGGCAGACCCCUACCCAAGAGGACUGCCAGUAGAGCAGUACUACGACCUCACACUUUUAAAAAGGAGCAACAUUAGGUCCAAUGAUCAACUGUUGCCAAGACCAGGAGAGAUUGACAUGACGAAACUUCAGAUCGACAAGACUUUCCCGGCCGAGCAUCCGUACAGCUCCCACAUGUCCCGCUUCGCCCUGUUCCCGAGUUUCGCCAACUCCCCGGACGACUAUAAGACCGGGGAGGCGGCCAAGGAGUCCAGCGGGACACUGCACCCUCAGAUGCCCGCUAGCGGCUACGAUGUCACCAUUAACCACAAAUCCAAAGGUGCUGGAGACAGAUGGGAGACACAAGACCUUCCGUUGGAUUCACAGAAGAAAGCCUUAUCUUGGCCUGGUGAUGUCUUCUUCCAGAACCGGAAGACACCGACAGGUGGCCAGCAGACCUUCUACCCGAUUCCCCCCAAGUCAGUCCUCCCCUCCCACGCCCCAAGACACCUUGAUUUCUCCAUCCAUCCUCGGACCGCCAACGCGCUGCGCAACGUGGAGCGCUCCCAGUGGGUGACCACGUACGGUAAGAACUUCACCGGGUACGGCCCGGCCAACGCACUGCGCCUUGAUAACUACGACGAGAAAGUGGACAUGGAGAAAAGGAUAGGCAUUGAAAACCAUAGCAUGCGUCCGCGGUCUUAUCCCACGUUCAUGCCGCCUCGUCCCCUGGAAGGUCGCAUCUCUCGCCUGAUUGGUCCAAACCAGUGCGUCCGAUGCGUCAUUAAAGAUGGCCGCAUUGAAUACGUGCCCUUCUCGCCCAAAGUGGACAUCGAAAUGGAUAAGGUUCCCGAGUACAAGAACCUUCCGACAGAGACGCAGCAAUCCUUCCAACAUCCAGCCCUGACCGACCAAUGGAAGAAGCUCCAGGCGGCACAGCACCCGGAGGCCCAACUGCGAAAGCUGGAAGAGAUGAAGCAACAAUCUAAGCAGGAGCCCGAGAACUCCCUCACGGGCUUCACGGAGGAGCAGAAGAAGGAGGAGGGAAGUUACUUGAAGCAGAUGGCGGAGAGGCGGAAGGAGGAGUUGGAGGCACUCACCCAGAACGCUAGAUGGAAACAAGCUGAGCAGCAGGAGCACCACCAUGAUCUGAGGCUGCUCAAGCGUAAGGUGGACUUCACCGCUCCGCAGCUCCAGUCCCCAGUCUACUACGACACCCUGCACAAGAUCUACACCACCAAACCGCCGUUUUACUACGACGGCGACAAUCCGUACGAGUACGACUACGUGGGCCCGUGGGACUACCACAAGACCGAGACGCUAACCGACGCGUACAAGCUCGAGGCAGCCCGGGAGGAGUUAGCGAGGAGCCGCGCUGGGCGAUCGGCCGAAAUGGACGUCCAGUUCGCGGGAUUCCCUGGCAGGAACCCGUAUAUCACACCCAAGUACACCCAACGGCAAAUGAUGAAUAGUAUGCCGCGAUUGGAGCCUUCCAUCGCCCAGAAACCAGUCGCGCAGUCCAGCUAUACAUACAGUUACAAUCCCGAUCUGGUGAAAACGGUGACCACACCCGAGAACAGUAGGUUCGAUCUCAGAGAUAUGAGCAAGAGUUUACCAAACAUGUACAGUAGUAGACCGUCCACAAAAUCAGCUGAUACCACAUCUAGAUCGGUUCACUUCAGUGACACUGCCCAAGUGGCUUCAGGGGGUGGGGAAUCACCCCUCGUCACAAGGGACUACAAACCCAGCGAGAGACUGGGUGGGGCCUCGAUGACCUGGAACUACCCAGCAUUCGACAACCCGGGUAGUAACUCCAAAGUGGACGGUCGUCAUUUUAACCCCGAGGGCACACGUGACCCUAGAUUAGACUGGAAGCCAAGUUCCCCCUUCGGUCCUCGACCCCAAACCAAACUGUUGAGGAUGCAGGACUCUUUUACCAAGACGGGAACGAGGAGGGAGUUUCACAACACCUUCCCAGAGACUAACCCCGAUUUGAGGGAGAACAUCAACACAGGAAAGAAGCAUGAGUUCGAGGGUGUAAAUGCCUGCAAUUGGCACUAAUACUGUGCCUCGUUGUUUUCAAUUCAGGCCUUCGUGGCUCUUGAUUGACACAGAAAAAUUUCUAACAGUUUACGGAAAAAUCCACCGUUUGUUUUUACUGUAGGCUGGUAGCAGAUAAAUGGAUGGGCCCACUGGGCCAAUCGAGCCUCACGAUAGGUUACGGGCCCCAACAAAAUGGUUACAACAUUUCGACCAGCUUUUAAAUAUCAGAAGGGGAAAAUGGCUGCAUUCCGAAAACAUAUUAUCUGGACCAAAAAAUAUGACGCUCUGGAACUUUCAGUUUUAAUCUGACCUGCAUUAAAUAAUGAAAUGAGUGGUUUAUUGGAAAAUAGAUAAUUUACUGACAUUUAUGUCAUGAAUGCUCGGUUAUGAGACUGUUGAGUUGCUGGAGAUCCUCCAAUUAUUUGUCCUGGGCACUGGGCCCCAUUCAACCUAUACCGGCCUACCACAGACUCGAUAAAAGAUAUUCCACUGUGAAUAAGAUUACAAAAUUGUCACAGUACAGACAAAUCAAAUGUCAAAAGGCUUUAUCAAAAAUUGAGAGACCAAAUACUUUGGUAAAAUUUUGUUUGGUAACUUCAAUUAGAGUGCCGUUAGUCACAUUGCUGUGCACACUGCAAAAACAACGAACACUAUUCACUACUCCAGCACUCGCCUUGUUGGAUAGCGAAUGCAUGCACAUUCCGUACGCAAAGAUUGAAAAAAA